GGUUUUGAAUUAUGCCCAUAAUGCCAUUAGAAAUUGCGCCUGCUUGUCUGCCAAAAUUUGAAUUUCAACUGUCAAGGGUUUUAUGUUUUUAGUAAUUGUGUUGUUUAAUUUCAUAAUUUGAAUAAUAGGUGUUACGGAUUUUGUAGAUUUUCCAAUAAUAUAUGACGUUUCUUUUCUAGACAAUGGAAACAUGGAGUGACGUUAUUUUAGAAUGGGUGAACUGCUUGAAGUUUGUGAACAGUGCAAAAUCUCUUAAGGAGCUUGAAGUUGGAAAAUUCAUCCAAUGUUUUUUUACGAAGACCUGCAAGAACUAUACUUCACAGGAAGAUGUCUGGGAGUUCAUGCAGAAAUUUUUUUCAUCGGACUGCCGCGUGGAGGGGCUGGGCGCGGAGGUGGCGGAGUGCCGUGCCGGGAACCAGGGCAGUCUCGUGCUGCUGCUCUCCGCCCUGCUGGUGCACCACUGCCUGGAGGGCCGGGCCAGCGAGGUGCUGGCGGCCACCAGCUCCGGCCUCCGCGAGCGCUCCCAGGUCGCCGUCAAGGCCGUGCUGGAGGCGGUGCUGGUCUCCCGCACGCCCGUCACCGCCGCCUCCUUGCGGGCUGCCUUCGCCGAGGCUACAAAGACUGACCACUGUUUGAGGACUCCAUUAAGAACUUCAACUCCGAAGUCUGGCUUCUCGUCACCUAUUGUAGCUCUUCUUCAGUCACCACUGGCUCAGCAACAACGUGAUUUAAGCGUGAAGAGCAAGGAAAUCAAAAGGUUGCGUGAUGAACUAGCAUCGGAGGUGCAGGAAAAAUUUGAGGUGUUGGAGCAAGUGGAAGGUGCAGAGAAGGAGAUCAAGGCUCUAAAAUCAGUUCUCCACCAACGGGACCGGGAAAUUGAAAAACUGAAACAGGACCUGGUUUUGGCUUUUCAACAGUCACCCAGAAAGACUUGCCAAGAUGAUUCUCGUGAAGCUAAUUUAAAAGAUGAGAUCAAGCGUUUGGAAGAGGAGAUUUUAGACUCGUGCAAAGAAAUUGGUUGCCUGUAUGAUGCUAAGCAUGCUCUGGAAGAGAAGGUGGAAGAAUGUGAAGCCGAGAUGAGGCUCCUGAGCGAAGAAGCAGACAGGCGCAAGGCUGAGAACGAGACCCUCCAGGGCGAGCUGAAGCAACUCGCGGAGUUGCUGGCUGCACGGACCAAGCAGUGCGACGACCUCCGCGACGUAAUGGCCAGCAGCAGCACUCCGCGGAGGUGUGAGAGCAGCGAUGACAGCUUUGCGUUCAGUCAUUUGUCGGCGGGGAAACCAAACAGCCCCGAAAAUCUAGGAGAUGCUGUUGUUGAUGUAAUCCUCCAAGAGAAAAAAGAGGAAAAUGUUGCUUUAUCUGAGAAACUUGACAGCUUGAAAGCAGAGAAGAUGGAGUUGACUAGAUGCCUUAAAGCCAUGGAGGAAGAUCUAAAGUUGGAGAGACUUGAACAUCAAACUGCCAGAGGCAAAUGCACUCUGUUAGAAGGCCAGGUGAAGCAGUUAGAAAUAACUGUUCAGGAAUUUGAAGAUAAGAUUCAGUUAGUUCAGUCUGAGUUUGCUGCAGUAUGUGAUAAAAUGAUAAAGGAGCAACAUGCAUCACAAGUACAAAUAGAAUCGCACAAAGCGAAUGUUUCUGACCUGACAAUGACUGUUGAAAAUUUAAAUAGUAAACUAGAAAAAGUUGUAUCAGAAAAUGCAGCAUUAGUGCAGAAAUCAUCCAGCUACAUGGAAAAAAUAACCCAUUUAGAAAAAGUGGUGAGAAUUUCAGAGGAAAAUGUGAAACAUUUAGAAGAUUAUGUGACUCAACAUGAAUCACUCACUGAGAGUCAAAGUUUAAAGAUUUCUGAGUUAUUAGUAGAACAAAGUGGCUACUGUCAACUGAUUGACUGUUUGAAAGCACAGUUUACUGAAGUGCUAAUUGACAAGGAACAUUUACAAGUGCUGAAAGAAAGUCUUGUGAAGAGCAACGAUGAGAACGUUAGCAAAUGGUCUCACGAUUGUGAAGAACUCUCAAGAAAAAACAAAGACCUUACGUCAAAUUUAGAAUUGAUGAGAAAUCAGCUUGAAAACGUAACUCUGGAACUAGCCAAGAAAAGUGAAGCUAGUAAUAUGGCUGAAAAAUUUUACAAGACCACUAUUGAUGACAAAGAGCUAGUUAUCAAGACUUUAGCGGAUAACAAAUUGCUGUUAGAACAGUCUUUGGCUGAGAGUGAGAAAGAAAGAAAUACUCUUCAGGACUGCAAUGUUAAGUUGUGUGAAGAAAUGGAACGGGUGAAUGGGAAAUUAAAUAAAGCAACAGAAAAAUACACUGCCUUGCAGAAUCAGUUGAAUGAGUUAGAGUUUGUCAAGACUUCACUGGAUAAAGCUUUGGAAGUUAUGGAGAAGGAAAAGUUCAGUGCACUGACAGACCUAAGCAAACUAAGAGAUGAAAUAUCUGAAUUUGAAAGAAGCAAAAUUGAAUUGGAAGGUGCAUACAACAAUUGCACCCUGGCCAAUGAAAUAGAGCUUCGCAAGAAUAACGAAAAAUGUACCAUGCUUGAAAAAGAAGUCGGCCAUCUUGAAAAGGAGGUUGAGCAGCUGAAGCUGGAAAGAGCAGAUCUAGCAGUCAAGAUUGCUUCCCUUGAGACGCAAGCUCGGGAAAUGGAAAAAGAAAGAGUGUGUGUUAGUGAAACAUCUGAAAAACAAAAAAUUGACCUGAAUGACAAAAUAUGCAGUCUCCAAGAUGAACUCGUCGUAAAACAAAAUGAUCUUAAGAUGUAUAUUGCAGAACUCGAAGAUAGCAAAAAGCAGGUUGCCAAUCUUGAAAAAUGUGUUUCUGAAACAGUAGCAGCUGCAAAACUGAACUGUGACAGAGUAGUGUCUUUAACCUCAUCACAAGUGGAGAGGUUUUUUAGAGUGCUAGAAGGAAAGUUUCUUGCUCUGGAAGGUAAACUUUCUCUACUGGCUGGCAGCUGCUACGAAGAUAGAUUGUCAUCUGUUCUCCAAGCAAGGCAGCUUGUCUUGUUUGAAAAGGAGGAGAAGAAUGAGAAACUUGUCAAACAGGUGGGAGAAAUAAAGGAGCUGUGUGACAAAGCUUGCAAAGAGAAUGUGCAGCUUAAAAAGUCAUUUCUUGACCUUAAAGCAAAACUGAACAUAAAGGAACAGGAAAUUGCCAAUCUCAAGAAAUCUGCAGCACCAAACCAGCAUAUGAUUGAGAAAGCUGUGCGUGUGGAGUUUGAGGCAAAGCUGGACAGAGCUAAAGCACAGAUGGAAAAGUUGAUGAGUGAACAAGCAGAGAAAAUGAAACGUUCCCAGAUGAAUGAAAGGAAAGCAUUGCAAGAUCAGAUCUCAGACCUUCAGAACAAAUACUUGAAAGAGAGGAAAACGUCCGAGCUCUUCAGGAGCAAAUGUGAAAUGCUGAAGCAGACCCAAGACACUCGGAGGCGCACUGCUUCAUACAGCGAUCAGUCAAAAACCACAUCACGAGAAGAAGUUAGUUUUCGGGAGAAAAGCAAGACUCGAAGAGAUCAUCUGGGGGUAAUCCAGGAGUCGUUCACAUACUCCCGCAGGAGAAGCACUGUGCCUUCGGAAACAAGUCCUGUUUUUCCCAUGGAGGACGAGGAAGGAGAACUGUACUCCAAGACGCUGGAGGCGUGCGACGAGGUCUUCUCCAGGGACAACCUGGAGAACCUGAAGGCGGGGCGUUGUGAGCUGCCGGACAGGCAUCGCCUCAGCGAGUUGCAGUACCGCAACUCUCUCUGCCCCCCUCACCUCAAGUCGUCCUACCCCGCCGAGACCCAGUUCAGCGCGCCCACAGAGUUCAAGGAGGAUGAUCUCAAGAUGGGCUCGGCUGUGGAUAUUGACCAGAGUAUGAGGUUGCUGCAGUCUGGAGAGAGGCAUCGACGGAAAGAGAAGGGCCAGACUUCUUACAAUAAACCAGGUCCUCCGACUCCUGGUAAAAACGGCCGGCAGUCACUUCAGGGCUGCGGCCACACCACGCCACGCUCCGUGCUGAGGGAGCACAACGACUCGCGCCGAGCGAACACCCCCAGCCGCAUCAAGGAGUUCUUCACUUCGGCCUUCAACCUGCGGGACGAGAAUACACCAGUGACACCAAGGAGUCGGCGUAUGAGCUUUUUCCGGAAGCAGGCGAAGAACUAAAAAUAACUAAUUAAAAUUGUAAACAAUGAAGUAAACAUGUUGCAUAUGAGUGAGAACUUUAAUUUGGGAGUAUUAAGCUACUAGAUAGUGCUUAAAAUGUUUUCACUUGUACUAACUUUUAUAAUAUUUUACAUUGUGAUGAUAUAUAAAUAUUUGUAACAAAUACCAAUGGGCAACUUAGAUUUUAUUUUUUAUAUCAUUUUCAAAUUUAAUAUAAUGAUUUUCUUGUAAGGUUCCUCCUGCUUUGAUAUAUACCUACACACAUCAAAAACCUUGUAUAUUGGGAUGGCCACCAUUUUGAGAAAUAACUAAGAUUAAUAGAAUGUAAGUUUAGUUUUUAAAUAUGACAAAAAUAAUAAUGUACACUGGGCAGUAUAGUUGCACGGUUUUUAUAAUAAAAAUAGUUAAUUGUGAACAUGAAGAUGUCAAAUAAAAUACACUGAGAGUAUGUAUGUUGCAUAAUAUAUAUUAAGUAAACCAAAUAUUUUAUUUUAAGGUUUAUGUAACUGUGGGAUGUUUAAUUUUUCCCCCUACUAUAAAGCUAAGGAAUAUGUUUUACCUGUAAAAAAAAAAAUUACAUAAUUUUUAUUUUAUUUAUAUUGGAGGUUGAAAAGUUGUCUAUUGGUAUUGUGAUCCAAUGUAUACUAUUUUCAUUAACUUAUUUAGUGUAUUUGGUUGAUAUUUAAUUAAUAACAUCUUUUAUGUAACUGUAGUGAUCACAUGAAUAACUUAAAAGUAAUUUUCUUUAAUAUAUUGCAGUACUUUGUUGUAAUUAUAUUAGUAUUUAAUGACUGAAUUAAAUAUUUUAAGCCGUUAUAUUUUGUAUUAAAAGAAAUAGCCAAAAUGUUACAAUUACUUAGCUUUAUUUUUGAUUUUUCUGUGUAGAAAUUGUAGAAUUUAUAUAUUAUUUAAAUAAUGUGUAAAAAUUGAUUUUGAAAUUCAGAUAUUACUUUGUGUUCUUAACAAAAAAUAUUUUAAGCCAAAAACUGUGUGUAACACAAUUGUGCAAUUUUUCUGUGUAGGCAUAUGUAUGGUCAGAGAUUGGCAUAUUUGCACUAAUGCUAGUUACAAAAGAUUGGAAUAAAUUGUGUAUUUUUAUAAAUAAGAACAAGAAGCUGUAGAAACAAUUUUAUUUACUUUUUUAAAUGAUUAUUAAAUAAAUUUGAAUAGUUGUGGAUGGCAAACUGAUUAAUAGGGUUGUGCGAAUGUUCGGUAUACCGAUACCGAAAUCGAAAUUUUGCUACUUUCAUUUUCGAUAUCGGUAAGAAUUUCAUCUGUCGAAGUUCGUUUUUAGCGAAAUAUUUCGAGCCAAACGAAAGUUCAAUAGCUUACCGAAGUUCGUUUGUUCUAGUUGAAAAAGAAAUCGUAAUUUAAUAAAAAUGUACAGUAUAAUACCGGUACAAUAACGUUCCUUAUUAUAAAGUAUAUUUCACUUAACGAAUUUUUUUUAAGUCCCCGCCAAAAAUCGUAUCUUCGCCAUGCAAAACGGUUUCAGUUUAAAGUAUCAUUUUCACUAUAACGUAUAAAUUCUACUAGUAGCGUGGCAUUACUACACCAAAAUUUACUUAAACUGGUAAAUAAAUUUUCAGCUAAAUGAUUAAUGUAGUAGAACAAAGAUACACAAAUACCAACGCAACGUAUUUUCUAACCUCUAGAUUCUCAAAACAAAGUUAACAAACAGGCACAACCAUAGAUUAUACCGUACGUAGUAUGCGACGUGAGCAACACAACACCAUUCGAUACAUCGAAAGACGGAGGUUUGAGAGAAGUAUUAAUUAUUUAGACAAAAGUGUUACGCUACGCUAAAAAUACUGUUUGAUGUCUGUGCCGGGAUUGUUUAUUGUUAUUGUUGAGUUUAUUUUCAGGUUACGUUAUUUAAACACCGCAUUGUAUUUGUGCUACAAUAUGAAUGAUCCUGGAGAUAAAAAGAAACGAAAGCAAUUCACGCUUAAGGAAAAAGUGGAUAUACUCGGAGAACUAGACACGGGGAAAAAAGCAAGUCGCAGUUGCGAAUACAUAUGGCAUUGCGGCUCUCCUGUAGCUAUUUUUUUAUAUAUUUUUUUCUCUUUGUAAAGAUAUGUAUGCAUGUUUCAGUGCUAAGUACAAAAACUUGAGGUACCUGUAAGUACUUAGCACUGAGAUUCUACUGUAAUGUCUUUAUAUGAUUUGCUUGUUAUUACUAAUAAUGUAAUAACAUAUGCAAAUCAUAUAAAGACAUUAAUUAGAAAAAAGAUUUCCAUUAAGAUUAAUUUACGUGGUGAUGAAAAAAACUCACGUUAAUGAAAAUACGGUAAAAUCAUAAUUUGAACAAACAUGGCAGAUAAAGUAAACAAAAUUCAACCGUGAUUACAGUAGGCCUAGGUAUCAAAACAAAAUCAUGCAAUAUUUGAAAAAUUACCUGAUUCAUUUGGUUUCAAACAGUAGUGUAGGUACUAUAUUCGUAAAACAUACAUUCCAGAACUGUUAGUACACUAUUUAGUAUUUACCGUAUACACAUAAACAAAGAACGUACCUACUUUUAUUCGCGCACAGCCAAACAAAAACAUUGUCAUCUGCUUUAUUUAAAUUUUACAUACUCUGACUGGCAUAUAAAAUCCUCAUAAUAUACAGCCAAUUAGACAAAAAGGUCAACAAGUCACUGCAUGUAAUGACCACUUGGCAGCAACCAUUUGUUAUGUUUUGUUUUGACCAUGUCCAUUGCCUAGUUUACAGCUUCCUGAGCUAGCCAUGUGUGACAGUGGUGCAAGAUGGCGGCCGUUCCGCAGUAUUCCCGUAUUUUUUCAUCAGUACCAUGCACGUGAUAAAUAUAUUAUCAUAGACUGCGACAUUACGACUGUAAAGGAAAUAGUCUGUCCGCUGAAAGAUCUGGAUUGAUUCUUGAAAUUUACGAGUGACAUGGGGCUGUGUUGUGUGGUCUAGGGCGGAUGUUGAUUUUAUUAAAUAGUAAUAUUUAUAUAUACAUCAAAAGGUACCAAAAUGAUUUAUGUAAUAGAAUUUAUUACUGAAGAGCAAAUUUUGGGGCACUUUUUUUCUUUAUUAAUUAAAAAAUUUCGCUUAACUUUCGUUAAGAAUAUAUUUAUCUCAUAGAAAAAUUCAUUUUCGUUUCACUUUCGCGAAACUUGAUAAAUUUUCUUUCACUUUCAUUUCGUGUGGAUAAAGUCACUUUCGCACAUCCCUACUGAUUAAACUUCAAAUUUUCUUAUUUGAAUUCAGGCCAAACUCAUCAUAGCCAGAAAAGGACUGGAGGUGUAAAAAUUAUUUAUUUCUACAAACUUCUAAGUUUCGUUGAAAGUUAUUUCAUGCAAUAUUAUGCACGCUCUUAGUUAAAUAUUAUUUAUUAUUCCAGCACCGCCAGGAAACUAUAGUAAAACAGCGUUGUGAGGAAACUUAAAAAUUGUGUUGAAAGUGUGUUGUGCUGUACUGCACCCCAUCCCCCUUGCUGCUCCUCUUCACGCUGCCACAGAUACCUGUUCCAUGGCACCAGCCCACUAGGUACCAUAGUCAACCACUCUAGCAUACGCUACCCUCUCUGCUUCUGGAUUUGCACAAUUUUAGAUGUAUCGUGGCUUUUAAUAGUGUUUGUUUACUUAUUACUUUUUUUAGUCCUCUGUAGUAAUGCUUUUUUGGUUUGAUUUGGUAAACGAUUGUUGGCAAACCACACAGUUUUUUUGAACUACUAUUUUAUUAUGCUUUAGGCUUGAUUUUUUGACAAUGGUUGGCACCAAACCGAACAAUAUAUACUACUAUAGUGAUUACUGUUUUUUAAAGUUACUGCAUCUGAAAUAAUUUUGAAAAGGUAUUUUGGCACCUGAGGGAGAAUCACAUUUAUUCAGUCUUCU